AUGUCUUUUCCGGAUGAUAGUCCUAAAAAGAUGAAACAGGGUUUACUAAUCCCUUUACGCGAGGGGUUAUCUAAAGAUUUGUGUGAAGAUCGAGGUUCGAGAUCUUCGCUUUCGGAAUAUCGUGCGACGAAGAAAAGAAAUCGAUUACGACUUCACGAUCGGAAUUCAGUUAAUGAUAAAGAUGGUUGGGGCGAACAGGGAGGCUACAUGAAUGCUAAAAAACAGAAGUUAGCAAACCAGUUCAAAUCCAAUAAGGACAGAGAAAUAUUUAAUGCUGGUGAAAGUACAAACAUCUUUCAAGGAGUUUCAAUCUAUGUAAACGGCUAUACAAAACCAAGUAGUGAUGAGCUGAAACGCCUGAUGAUGUUACAUGGAGGACGUUAUGAGAUGUACUUGUCAAAACAAAGAGUGACCCACAUCAUUGCCUCAAAUCUGGCUGGCAGCAAAAUCACCUCCCUUCAUAAUUACAAAGUAGUUCAUCCUGACUGGAUCCUUAAAAGCAUUGAAGCUGGUCAAUUGCUGUCCUAUACAUCAUUCCAGCUCUUUACCACACAGUCAAAAUUACAAAAGGGUAUAAUGCAAUUUUCAGUUGGAGCUGACAAGACUCAAAACUCAACAACCACAUUCAACAAAACAUAUUCUUCAUUAUCAUUUCCAACUGACAGAAACAAUUUUCAGACAAAGAAUGCAGUUUCAUCCACAAAUUUUGAAAAAGAGGCUUGUGAAAGUACUAUCUCUGACUUUCUGGACAGCCCUCAGAGUUGCAAUUCUGAUGAUCUUUUUUUAUCAAGUGUUGAUGAAUCAUCCCAAGAAUCAAAGAAAUCCAAAAAAAGUCAGGAGAGCAACAGAGGAAACCAUGCAAAUUCUUCACCACCGGAACCAGUCCCUUCAACCAAUAAACCAUCUCUUAACUCAGAUUUUAAUCUUAACCCAGAAAAAGCUUUGAGACCUUCACUGUUAGAAGACAAUGAUGAAAUGUUGGCAUCUCCUUUGGAAAUGAAGGUGGAGGAGCCAUUGUCAUUCACAAAUGCUGUUGAGAACAAAGCAGAAAUCUCUACUUCAAAUGCUAUUCAACAUAGAACAAUGACUGCUGAAGAGUAUCAGGACAAACCAAUGCAGAAGAAAGAUAAAAAUGAAAAUGCACAAGAAUCAUCAAAAAAAGCUCCCCAAAUAAAUAUUAAUUACAAAUCUUCAAUAUCCCCAUCAAACAACAAACCAAAAUUAACUUCUGUUCCUGUCUCCCUUCCAAAAAUAGUUUCAGGUGUUCCUAACAGAAGGUCCGAUUCUCUCAGUGCAAAAACAGCUCGGGAACCAAAUUAUCUUAAUCAGUUCUAUAACAACUCUCGUCUACAUCAUCUAUCAACAUGGAAAGUUGAAUGGAAAAAUUAUGUUUCUGAUAUUAAGGCAUGUCAUAAGAACAAUUUUCCUGGAAGAGAAAAACUGAUAUCAUCAACUACUGUCACAAAAAUCAAUUCAAAGACAGAUAUCUUACCUUCCCAUCGAACUAUCAUGCAUAUUGAUAUGGACUCUUUUUUUGUAUCUGUGGCUUUAAGAGAUAAACCAGAAUUAAAAGACAAGCCAGUAGCAGUAACACAUUCUCAAAAGAAAGGUCCUUCUUCUAAUCGGGCAGGUGUGAAUGUGGAUUAUGAGAGACAGCAAUGGAUCAAACGGUGUCAAGAACGAGCUCUGAAAGGAAAAGUGCCUGCAUCUGAUGUGAAUGCAAUUGAAAUUACAUUUGAUUCUGAGGAAGAGGAUCUUGAUAAUGACACUGAUAAAAUAUCAAUUGUAAACCAAACUUGUCAUGCAACUGAGCAGAAACAUGAAGACAGUUCAUCUUUGAAUAUUAAGUCAGAAAAACAAGUUCAUCAAUCAUUCUCAGAAAUUGCCUCAUGUAAUUAUGUUGCUCGAAAGGCUGGUUUGAAGAAUGGUAUGCUCAUUGGUGAUGCCCUAAAACUGUGUCCCAAUUUGAUUACCUUGCCAUAUGAGUUUGACAAAUACCAGGAAGUAUCAAAGAUUCUGUAUGACACUGUCACAAGUUAUACUCAUGAUAUUGAAGCUGUGAGUUGUGAUGAAAUGCUUGUUGAUUGUACAAGCCUGCUGCAAGAAACUGGAGUUGAUGUUCACAAAUUUAUUUCUCUCCUUCGUCAAGAAAUAUUUGAGAAGACUGAAUGUACAGCUUCUGCAGGUUUGGGUCCGAACAUUUUGUUGGCUCGGCUCGCAACCCACAAAGCUAAACCAAAUGGGCAUUUUCUUGUUCAACAUGAUCAGACUGGUGAUUUUAUUAAAGCCCAAGCAAUAGCAAAUAUACCAGGUGUGGGACGAGCAACAAGGUACAAACUUGAGCAUCUUCAUGUAAAAACUUGUGGUGACUUACAAGAACUUUCGUUGUCAACCCUGCAACAACAUUUUGGUCUCAAGACUGGCCAGAUACUGUAUAAUUAUUGCCGGGGAAAAGAUGAUCGAUCUUUACAGAUGGAGUACAACCAGAAGUCAGUUUCUGCUGAAAUAAAUUAUGGUAUUCGCUUUAAAAAUGAUACUGACAUGAACGAUUUCCUUAAUAACCUUUCUUCAGAGGUUGAAAGUCGAUUAAAAAAAGCAAAUAAACGAGGUAAAACCAUCACUUUAAAACUUAUGGUGCGCCGACCUGAUGCUCCUUUGGAAAGUGCUAAAUAUAUGGGUCAUGGACUUUGCAACAAUAUGUGCAAGUCUGUUACACUUGCAAUGGCUACAGACCAGGCUUCAGUCAUCUCAAAAAAGUGCAUGUUAAUGUACAAAGCUUUAAAACUAACAGCAUCUGACCUAAGAGGGAUUGGUAUAAGUAUCCACCGACUGGAAAGUACCCUAAAUGUUGAACCAGGAGGUAGCUUUGUCAGUAGUCACCAAAAGUCUUACAACAUCUUGAAAUUUGCUAAGACUAUCACUCAGGAAACUGAUGAAUCAUCCCCAAGACUACCUUCUUCAAAUUCUUCAAAUCUCAAUGAAUCUAGUCCAUUAAUAAAUGACCCCAAAGUAAAACAGAUUGAUUUCCAUCCAAUGAAUGCAAUUCAUGUGAAACAGUUUGGAACAAUUAAUUUUAUGGAGGAAUUGGCAAGGCAGGGAAAAAGCAGUGGAAAACUACCUCCACUUCCACAUCUCCCUUCUCAAGGCACUCAUCUUCAGUCUCUAAAUUUACCAGCCCCCAAAUCUGAAUCCGAAGACUUUCUUCCUUCACCUUCACAGAUUGAUGACGAGGUCUUAAAUGAGCUUCCUGCUGAUAUUCGUCACCAAAUCCAAGUUGCUUUGAAGCAGAAACAAAAGAAAAAAAGUCUCAAGUCAGGAAAUCUUCCACCUAUUCAACCAAUCGAUUCUAAUCAACCUGGUUGUUCCCACUGGACACCAUCUAAUUCUUCAGAUUUUGUGCAUGAAGAACUGGAAGCCAGAAUUGAAGAAGUGAACACUCUAACUGCCCAUAAUAUUUCAGACAUUGAAAGAGAAUUAUUACCAAAUUUGUCUCAGGUUGAUGAAAACUGCCUUAAUGAACUUCCUGAAGACAUUCAGCAGGAAAUGCGCACAGCAAUGAAACAAAGAGAAAUCUGUAAACAAGAUGAAGCGAUUGCUCUGUCUGCAGCAAAAGGUAGCUCCUCUGCCACAUCCCCAUUAAAAAUGAUGGUCCUUCUAUCCCCAACAAAGGAUUCAUCUCCUGGGAAAUCCCGAGGAGUUGGUCAGAAGAGGAAAUCCCCACUGAAGUCCAAGAAGUCACCAGGCAAGAAGCGGAGCCCCCAUUUCAAAGUACCUCGUGGUCGGCCAAGAACAAAAAGAGGCAUUGGCUCCAGAACAGUACUUGAUGCUAGAAAGAAACUUUUCUUGUAUGGAGAUAUUGAUAAAAAAUACUCUGAAAAAAAAACACCUGUGUUGCCCAGUGCCCAACCACCUGACCCUCCUCCUAGCCAUGCUUCAACAACAAUCAAUUUAUGUGGUGCAGUUACUAUUUCUGAGAUUCGAGACCUUCUUCGGGAGUGGCUGACUACUUGCUCAGACCCCACUGUUGAUGAUGAAUUAUUUGUGAUUGAUUAUCUGAAAGCACUUGUUCAGGACAAAAAUCUUGAACAAGUUGAUCUAGUUUUAAAGUUUCUCUACAGGAACAUCUCUCGUCUAAAUGCUGAAAACUGGUUAGUGAGCCUUCGGAACAUUGUUGAAACAGUCCAAAAAGCAGUCAUGACUCAAUACAAGAGCAGAUUAAAACUUGGGUUCAGUCUGCCUACCACUUAA